AGGGGCCACGAUCCGGAUAUUUUGAAGAAUAAUUCUAAGCUCGGUUUCUGAAGGUGAAACUGUGCUGAAUCAAAUCAACUUGACGAGUAAUGGAGCUGAUUCAACAGGAAACUCCUUACAACCAUUCUUUGUAAAUUAAUAAUGAAAUUGAAGUUGAGUCCAAUCCAAAUCUUCGAGUGAACUCCCGACAAGCUGGGUAACCAUUCGUCGGGUUUUCAGGUUUUUAAAUUAUGUAUUGGAGUUCAUCUAUGUCAUAUAUAUAAUGAAUGAGUAGCCACCUUUCAGUAGUGCAAAACAUUCUUGCUAUUCCGGCCUUUCGAAAUGCUUGGUUUUCUUUAGUGCAGCCAUGAUGGGAAAUCUUCAGCUUAUAUUCUUGAAAUCUUUAAUAAAUGGAUUUCUAUUGAGGGGUGUUUAGAUGUUCAUCGAGAUGUAUCUAUGUUGAAAUCCUCGCUUCCCCGAUUAUCUUUCAGUUAGAAGCGUGAUACAUGGUCCAGAGAGAGUGAACGAAGGUGAAGGAAUAUAUGGCUUUCUAUCCCCGCUUGCUGAACCGGUCGGUCGAUUGCUUAUAUGAUAGUUUUGGAGAAAGUAAAUUAACAGAAGGUCAUGAUCCCCUGAAAAAACUCAAUACCUUGGUUUGGGGUGAUUUUAACAGACCUGCAUAUGUUGUGGCACUCGUCAUCUCCAGCCUUUUGCUCCUUGCCAUCAUCAUCUUCUUUGGCUCAUACAAGCGUCUUUCUCGCAACAAGUUGCUCAAGGGGGCUCUAUGGGCAGCCUACUUUCUGCCCUUCUACAUCAUAUCAAACACCUUUGGUCUGAUGCAAUCACCACCGUACCUUAAUGAGAUGCAUGCAAUCUGGGCCGUGCUUCUCCUUCUCAUUUACGGAAGUGCAAACUCCACUCUCUACAGCAUCCAAGACAACCAGCAAGGAAAGUCGCGCGCCUUGCAGGAAAUCAUUAUACUCUAUUUGGCUUGUUGGUUGUAUUCUCUGCAUCAUCAUAGACAUGUGUUCGAAUACCCACUUCUAUUGAUUUUGGUUCUUACCACCAUCAAGUUGGGUGCUAGAUUGAUAAUAAUGAACUCUAGGUAUUCACCAUCGCUUGGGUUGAAAAGGAGAACUAAACUGCUUGCCGACUACAUGAGACAGGAACAAGGAAUGAGCAAUGAGACAGAUCCCGUCCGUAUGAAAGGAUACAAGUACUUGGUCAUGGGAGAAGAGAAAGCGAAAGUGACAACCAAUGGACAUUGGGACAUGGAUCACAUCAAUGACAGAAUUGUAACGGUUGAGAAGAUUUGGGACUGCAAAAAUAUGCCACUUCUCUCAGAUGGAGGUGACCCAGGUGGCCAUUUGAAAUACAUGUGCCUGUCAUUUGCCUUGGUAAAGAUGCUCGUACGUCGAUUCAGGAAAUACCCUUUAUAUGAAUCUCAUCUUCCAAAGACUUGGAACUUCGUACGUGAUGGGCUUUUCUCAAAUGAUGAUCACGAAAGAGCCUUCCAAGUCAUCGAAGUAGAGCUAUCAUUCCUUUAUGAUUACUUCUAUUCUCUGCUCCCAGUAAUCUUUAGUGACAAGAAGUCAUUCCUCAGUACAAUUAUACUAUAUUUAAUUGCAGAAAUCCUUAUGUUGGGAGCUAGUAUUUGGAUUGCAAUACUUCUUAUGAGUUUCCCAGUACAUCGGAUGACUUACAGAGGAUUCAUAUUCGGCUCUCGUGACCUUAGAAUCUGCAACGUAUUUGUUAAUUGGUUGGAGAGAUGUGACAUGAAUGACAUGCAAUGGGUCAAUCAAUUCUGUAAAAAACCUACCCUAGAUAGACCCACCCAUACACAUGUUUGGGGUACCUGUGUGGUGAUAGGAGUAUUUGUCGGAAUGCAGAUUUUGCAACUCCUCAGUGUUGUUUUUUCAGAUUGGACCAAGGUAUGGUUGCUGUGCCAAUAUGUCCAGAAGCCCUUCUUACAACAAAGUAAGUGGGAAGGAGUGCUGGGGUUCGUUUUCCGUCCACCGUUUAUGAGAUCGAAACAUUGGCGAAGAAAAAUGGGGCAGUACUUUCUUCUUUCUUCUUUCAAUUACCACCGUGCACCAUGCUGCUUUCUCUAUCGUUCUUUUACGGGUAUGCCAAGAAGAGGGCAGAAAGCCAGUAGCUCUGUAGAACUGUCUCCACAUGUGAAGAAAGCUGUUAUUCAUACAUUGCUAAAUAAUGGACAGCGAUUAACAAAUGGGGUUUCUUCUUUGAGGAAAAACAAGGUACUAGCAGAGCUCUCUGGGGAAUGUAUAUUCGAGUCAAACACAUACACCAUCUUGGUUUGGCACGUUGCUACCUCGUUUUGUGUCAUGGAGCAUGAGGCUAACUGUCAGGAAAAGGGAAAGGAUUUGGGUAAGAUAGAACUGAAUCGUGAUGUUGCCACCAGCUUAUCUGGAUAUUGUGCCUACUUGGUAGCUUUUGUUCCGUCAUUGUUGCCUGAUCCUCCAGAUAAUACUGAAUUAUUAUUCGAUGCAACAAUAUCAGAAACAAGAGAAUUACUAAAAAAAUGCAGAAACACUGAGGCUGAGUUGUAUAAGAAGUUGAGCAACAUGGGGAAUGGCAAUAUUGAGAAUGGAAAAACUAUAGUAGAAAAAGGCGUGAAACUUGGGAACCAACUAUUAUCAAUGCUACCAGAUGAAGGGAGAAAAUGGAAGGUAUUGGCAGAUUUUUGGGCGGAGAUGAUAUUGUUCCUUGCUCCAUCGGAUAAUGAAAUGGCCCAUGCUGAAAGUCUAGCCAACGGUGGAGAAUUCAUCACACAUUUGUGGGUUUUGCUUACUCAUGCAGGAAUCCUCAAAAGAAACCCCUCUCAGCUUGAUGAAGAGAACCCUUCUGCAGUUUCCUCCAGUCAAGAGGAAGCAGCUUUGGCUUCUUAGCACAUGGAAUAGCACUAGAUUUCAGGUUUCUUGGGCUUCAAACUAUCCAAUAAAGUUGAACAAUGCAACCUAGUUAGUCCAGAUGUUAAUUGUGAAAUCUUACUGUAACCUAUGUUUGUUUGUUUUUGCUGCGAACCGAGUACUGAAAGGUUUUAUGUAUCUUAAUUUGCCCACAUCACAACCCAUGCUCAUCCAGCCAAAGAUUGAAAU